CCAUGUAGGGAGGGGAAGAGUAUUGGACUUCCUGUUUUGCUCUGCGUUAUAUUUCCCUGCUUUCCGCAAAGCUUUCUGGAGAAGCAUUAACGUUAGUUAGUUAGUUAGGUAACGACCUGUUUUAAGGCUUGGUCCCCCGCUGUAAUUAGCAUACAAACAAGGUGAAUUAACACCUCGUCGAAACCGAGGCGGCAGUGAAAACGGAAGCCGAGCCGCGGAGCUGCUGAGAGCAUCUGUCCGCAGAUCAGUGAGGUUAGCUGGGGCUGCGCUAAGAGACGGAGCGGCGGUGGAGACAUUCGUGUGUUUUUAACUUCCCAAGGCUCGAAACUACGCGAGGACUUCAAGAAACUUUUGUCGUCAAACCUGGAGAGGGCGAGUCCUCGCAGUAUGUGGUUGGAGCCACGGGCGUUGUAGGAUGAAGAGUCCGGCGCACCGCACCAGGGACAUUGAGAGGCAAGCUGGCUACCUGAGGCCUGAGCACUGCGCCCCUCCCCCGCUCCGCACCGGCUCCGACACCAUGUGGUUCAUCCGUGACGGCUGUGGCAUCGUGUGCGGGGUCAUCACCUGGUUCCUGGUCUUCUACGCCGAGUUUGUGGUGGUGUUCGUCAUGCUGCUGCCUGCCAAGAACGUGAUCUACAGCCUCUUCAACGGGGUGAUCUUCAACGGCCUCGCUUUCCUCGCCCUCGCCUCUCAUGCCAAGGCGAUGUGCACAGACCCGGGAGCUGUGCCUAAAGGGAACGCUACCAAAGAAUUCAUCGAAAGCCUGCAGCUCAAACCAGGACAGGUUGUGUACAAGUGUCCCAAGUGCUGCAGCAUAAAGCCUGACAGAGCUCACCACUGCAGUGUGUGUAAACGCUGCAUCAAAAAGAUGGACCACCACUGUCCCUGGGUGAACAACUGUGUCGGAGAGAACAACCAGAAAUACUUUGUGCUCUUCACAAUGUAUAUUGCACUAAUAUCCUUCCAUUCCCUAAUGUUGGUGGCCUUCCAUUUUGUUUUCUGCUUUGAAGAAGACUGGACAAAGUGCAGUAACUUCUCUCCCCCAGCAACUGUCGUCCUCCUCAUCCUCCUCUGCUUUGAGGGUCUCCUCUUUCUGAUCUUCACUGCAGUCAUGUUUGGGACCCAGGUCCACUCCAUCUGCAGCGACGAGACGGGUAUCGAACAGCUUAAGAAGGAGGAGAGACGAUGGGCCAAAAGGUCAAAAUGGAUGAAUAUGAAGGUGGUGUUUGGUCAUCCGUUCUCUAUAGCCUGGCUGAACCCCUUUGCAACACCCGACCACGGCAAGGCAGACUUGUACCAGUACAUUGUGUGAAAGCUGGAAGCCUAUCUGAGCUCUGCUGCUGAGGACUUCCUGGUCUGCCCUCCUAUUGGCUGGACCUAAACGAGCAUGAACUCCUCUUUACCACUUCCACAUUUUCUUUUGUGCACGGAUAUUACGUUUAUCGAUAUUUGAGGACAUCCUGUUGUAAGCUACGUUGUCAAAAUGUUAUUUUUUUGUUUCCCUCAUGGUGUUGACUGAGAAUAAUGAGCUGUUGUGCAAAAAACAAGAAAGAAAACCUAUCAAACUAAGCAGCGACAACUCGACACAAAGCACUUCAUAAGAGUUGGCGAGACGACACCAAGAGACUGAGUUCUUCAUGCAGUAUGUCUGACCAUUUCCUGCUUCAAAGACUAAAUAAUGUGAACUCAAAACUGAAGUCCAGAACGUUUUUUGCAGUCCGGGUGCCAAGAUGGACUGUUUGUGAUUAUGUCACAUCUUCAUUUGCUGUAUUCUUGUCGUUGCAAUAGGCUUUUGCCAAGUGCUGCAGAUGAUUUGCCUUAGAACAGUGGCAUUAGUGAACGGUGGCAUCUGCUGCUUUUAAAAAACAUUACUAUUAUUUUGCCUUAAUGUGACCAUCAGAGUUGGACACUUUCACAUUGGGUAAAUACUAUUUUUAAAUGAGAUAGGUGAAUUAGUUUGUUUAGGUAUGUUUUGUCUUUUGGUCGUUUAGACUGGCUAUUCGCCAAGUUCCUGCUCAGACUGGAACUGUGAAGGACAUUCAAAGGCUGUAGGACCAUGAGUAGCCUCAGUUAAAGUUACAAUCCUUAAGAUUUAAUUCCUAGUCGAUUUGUCAACACAAAUCAUUAGUGGUGUAACAGCAAAUGUGAUUUUAAUACUGUGAUAAAUGGAAAUAUGGCAUUUGUUAGUUUGAUGUCAUGAAAUUUAAAGAACGUCAGUCUCCUCAUCCCUCCACACAGAUCUGAUGUUUUCAUCUCUUCAAGUGUAAAAAAAACAUAGUUUUUUAACCGCCAAUUUUUUAGAUGUGGAUGGAAAUGCACUUAGUGACGCUGAGAUAAAAUUGAAUGCUGUGAGUCCAGAAAAACCACUGUAUUGAGAGUUAAUAACUGACUUUAUUUACAUAGAACGGCUAAUGCUGAAAAUGAGAAAACCAAAAAUUGGGUUUUAAUUCAUGGAAAUCUUAAGGAUUAUAAUUAAAAAAUCCGACAUGUGACACUUGGCAGGUAAAGAAAGUCUUGUUUUCUAGUCCAAGAGGUGGCAUGGCUUGAGCAAUAUCAAUCGGUUUUAGAAUCUAGCAGGUAGUUUGACCAGUGUCCUAAGUGUCACCAGCUCAGAUCCAAAGUCAGGGAAUAAGAGCAAUACACAUUGCUCUCUGAAUGCACUGACCCUAAUUGUAAUUCCAUCGAUCUCAAUUGAUGGAAUUUGCUUGUGGAUAAUCCAAUUUGUCAUAGAUUGCAGGUGUGAGCCUGACUAGAGAGGAAAGCCUUAAAGGAUCAAAUGUGGAUUCACUGGCCUUCAUUUAGGCCAGUGGAAAAUGUUCACCGAGGCCUCAAAGACCAUGUUAGAAAUGGACAUUUUAAUUGUUGCAGCUGUGGAACGUACUGGACUAUGUGGUGAUGAGAUAACAUUUUACCUGUGGUGAUGGGACUUUGGUGCAGAUGGUAAUAGGCCUCUUCAAAGCAUUUAACACUAAAAAUGCCUUUGCUCAAAUGUGUUGGAAAGCCUUACUCUAUUUAUAAAAUGUGCUUUUGAGGGUGAUGAAAGGACAUAUUUGAACAUACAUAAGUUGCCAAAUUGAAUGCUCAAUGAAGAGAGGCAAGUAACCAUUUUAAGAGUAGAGCAUAGUCAGGAGUUACAUUUUCUUAGGCUUCUAAAAAGUUUUUAAAAAUGUAAAAGGUUAUUAAAUGGAGGUGCAACAGAUACUUCAGUUUACACAUACAGUACACCAGCUUUCUUUUUUCUUGAAUUGUUCAAUACUGUAUGUUCUUUGUGGUCAGGUAUGAAUACCAUUUAGUACGUACUGUGGACCACUUUAAUUUUUUUUCUUUUUGAUUGGUAUUUGUUUAAAUCAGAAUAUAAUAAAACUUAAUGUAUGUGACACAACUUUAUUUAAGUUUUAUGGAUAUUUUAUUGACUCGGUUUAUCAGUUGUAUUUUUUUUUUUACAUUUUGACAGAUAAGGUUUUACUUUGUGAGACAUUUGGACUCCAUUUUUAAUUCAGGGACAUAUUUGAUGAUAUAGUAUUU